AUGAAUGUUAGUACUAGUGCAUUAGGAGUUAGAAGAAGAAAGGCAAAUACUCAAAACAUCGAUGAUGAAGAGAAUGCAGCUAUAUUGAAAUUAGGACCAGAAUUCCAAUUAACUCAAAUAACAAAUUCAGGAGAACAAGAACAAUUAAUUGCAUUAAAUUUAUCAGAAGCAAGAUUAUUAAUUAGAGCUGCUUUAAAAGAACGAAAAUCUAAACUAACUGGUAAUAAAAAGAAAGUGAAGCUAGAGAAUAAUGGAGAUGGAAGUACAACGGAUAGUAAACAACAGCAAGGAGAUCAUGAUGAUGAAGAUGAUGAAGAUGAAGAUAAUGAAAAAGAAGAUGAGAUUUCAAAUAUGGAAUUAGCUGGUCCCAAUUCAAAUGAAAUUAUUCAUAAGACUUUAAAUUAUUUAUCAAAUUUUGCCAGAUUUAAGAAUUCAAGUUCAACAGAAACAGUUGAGAAAUUAUUAAAUGAUUUUAGUUUACUGGCAGCAAUUGAACCUUUACAUCCAUUUGAAUUGGCUCAAUUAGGGACAUUAGAAUGUGAAGAUGCUGAAGAAGCUAAAUCAUUAAUUCCAAGUUUAACUAAUAAAGUUAGUGAUGUUCAAUUACAAACUUUAUUAACUGAAUUAAGAAAAUAUCAAACUUUAUCAUAG